CUGCCGUCAUGUUUUCUGCACGCUGCUGACACUUCUCCCCGCCGGUGUUGAAAAGUUUGGUCUGCCCAAGAUGGGAUUGUAUCCUACAUGAGCUGAGUCUCUGGUGCUAUUAUCCUCGACAAUGACAAUGGCUUUCAUUGGAAGGGCAGGAAGAGCUGGGAGCCUGUGUGGCAAGCGUACCCUUCGAAUCGACAUGGGAGCAAGAGGAAUUGCUUCUGCAGCACCAGCAAUCCAGGAAUACCCUCAUCACAACCUUCCUCCAGUCCAGCCUCGUCCCACCCGACGAGAAGCAAUCAAGAACGCCAAACCCUUCUCCUCGUUCCUCACGGAUACCUUCCAACGUCAACACGACUACCUUCGAAUCUCCAUAACAGAAAAAUGCAAUCUGCGGUGCUUAUACUGCAUGCCAGAAGAAGGAGUCCCACAAUCGCCACCACAACAUCUCCUCACAACCCCCGAAAUAUACCUCCUCUCCUCCGUCUUUGUGCAGCAAGGAGUCACCAAGAUCCGGCUCACAGGCGGAGAGCCCACCGUACGGCGAGAUAUCCUCCCGCUUAUGCACCAGAUUGGCUCUCUGCGUUCUCAGGGACUGCGCGAGCUAUGCCUGACGACGAACGGCCUGUCUCUCCAUCGAAAGUUGGACAGCAUGGUCGAAGCGGGCCUCACUGGCAUAAACCUCAGUCUCGACACCCUCGACCCUUUCCAAUUCCAGAUCAUGACACGGCGAAAAGGCUUCGAGGCUGUGAUGAAGAGCAUUGAACGGAUACUUGAAAUGAACAGGCUCGGUGCUGGUAUAAAACUGAAGAUCAACUGUGUUGUAAUGCGUAGUCUCAAUGAGCGUGAAAUCCUUCCCUUCGUCGAGCUCGGACGAGAACAAGACUUGGAGGUCAGGUUCAUUGAAUAUAUGCCGUUUGACGGGAACAAAUGGAGCCAAGGGAAGAUGUUGAGUUAUCAGGAAAUGCUGGAUAUUAUACGAGCGAAGUAUCCUACGUUAAGAAAGGUCCAAGAUCAGAAGAAUGAUACGAGUAAGACGUAUGAGAUCCCUGGUUUUGUGGGGAGGAUGGGCUUCAUUACGAGCAUGACGCACAAUUUCUGCGGGUCUUGUAAUAGGCUACGGAUUACCAGUGAUGGGAAUCUAAAGGUCUGUUUAUUUGGGAAUGCUGAGGUGUCCUUGAGAGAUAUUCUGAGGAAAACGAAUGAUGGGAGUCCGAUUGGUGAAGAAGCUUUCGAAGCUUUGAAGCAAAUUGCGAUGGAUCGACGACAGGGCAUUAGUUCUGCACAAGGUCCACUUGGAGGGACACAACAUGAGCAGGAAUUGCUUAAGGUAAUUGGCUUGGCUGUGAGUAGGAAAAAGGAGAAGCAUGCUGGAAUGGGAGAGUUGGAGAAUAUGAAGAAUCGACCAAUGAUUUUGAUAGGUGGGUAGGUUUCCUC